AUGAGAUGUGCUUUUCAGCUGAUCUGUUCAUUUCUUUUUCUUGGUAAGUGCGGGUCACUUUAUCUUCAUGUAAAAUGCAUUCCUUAUAUCCUUAACAUUGCUUAAUAUGAACGUUUUGUCAUAUUUUAGUACCAAUCCAUGCGAACGAUUUCGCGGAUUUUGGUCCAGACGCUGCCCAGUCGAGAUUCGAAUUUGGCGCUCUAGUGGUAUGGCCUAUUAAAAAAAAUCUAUAAAUGAUCAAGACUAAAUAUCAUUGCUUCUGAGAUCAUCUCUAUAUUUUUUUCUCAUUCUUGCGCAAAAAUUUUGUUUUUAUUCACCACACGCUACCAUUGUUCAUCUGGGAUCGUGAUUACUUAUGCAUUCGAGUCUUUUAUUGUCUGGCCUUUUAAAAAUAUUGGGCUGGUUCAAAGUCGAUUACUAGUACUAAUAUAGAAGAACACCUAAAUCACCAGUGCAAAUACAAUAACCUACCUGAUUUUCACAGACAAGAGUGUCUUUCACUUCAGAUCUUCACCUUCAAUAGCUUAGUCGUGUCACCAAGAUUAUGUAUAUCAUAAAAAACUCUUUUUAUAUGCUAAGCCCAGGCUCCCAAUAAACCACGGUCCAUGAUACUAUACAGUGCUGACGUGUAAUAAGAUAUGCCACAUAGAUUUUACUAUAAACUUUCAAUUUUUUUAAUUCAGUGAAAUAGCGUAUUAAAAAAUGAGAAUACCUGUAUUGCAUUUGAUAACAAUAUUUUAGUUUGAGUCAACCAUAUAUAAUAUAAUUAAUUAACUAAGGUUAUUGAGACAUUGAAUCAUCCUGAAUUAUUUAUUGACCUAUGUUAUUAUUCAACUGAUGCAAAUCUCCGCCUCAUUAUAUUUUUAGAGUGGGACUAUUGUAACUAGGGCCACUUGGACAAAGUUGACCAGUGAGAAAUUUAUAGGAAAAUAAAUAUACAUUCUAAGAAAGUCGGUUGUGGGCCAAUCAGCAGCUUGUAAAAAGACAAGAAUGUUACUUGAAGCACAAAAUUCAAAUAUUGAUAGCAAAUGUUUUUCAAGAAAGCAAAAUGUUUCAUCAGACAAUGUUCGCAACCUUACAUUGACACAAGCCUUUAUUUCUUCGCUAACAUUGCCUCACUUUGCAAUAACAUCAUGAUCUCAAAAACAAAAAUGUAACAGUGUUUACAUUUUUUGUCUGCUUCAUUUUACUCUAACAGACCUCUCAAAAAACACAGGACUGGUUUUCUUCAGCGAGUUCAAAACAGAAUGUCUGUAUGUUGCAAUUGGUUGAUUUUCAUCCAUGUUGUUUACUUCAAUUUUGAUGGACAACUAACCUUCUCGGAAUGUAUUGUUAUUUUCCUGUAAUACGACUGGUCAACUUUGUCUAGGUGACCCCAGUUAUUAAUAAGUUAUAGUAGUCAUACUGUAAAAGCAACUUAGUGGUAAAAUGUUGAGGAAUAUGAUUGGUUUUAAAACCAACCAAAAUAACCAGGUGUGGACCUUUCCUAUUCAUUAUUUCCCAUGCCCCAUCUUAGGCUAAUUAGGCCCUCUUGGGGGCGGGGGGGGGGGGUUACUUAUGUCCCUAGACUGAAUUUUGAAACCCGUCGUUUCGCGUAUUGAGCAGGAAGCCAUGUCCCUUUUGAUAUUUUACUAUUGUAUUUGCACUUUUCUCUGUUGCUGUCGCAGUUUCAACCCAUCUUUGUGUCAUCUGUUGCCCUUUUCAUCUGGACUUAUGUUGCUAUUUCAAGGCCAUGUAGCUUAUCAGAAUUUUACCCUAACAGGCCCUCACAAAUCUGCUUAUAAAAAGUCAUAACAUUAUGUGCUCUGAUCCUAAACAUGCAAAGUAUGCAGUUUUGUACUAACUUAUUAUUUUUCUUAGGAUUCCAAAGUAGAAAAUGAGACAGAUGUCCCUUCAGUGGGUAAAUACCCAGCUAGGUUUAUUCCUCUAUUCUACUCUGAUAAUAUGUCAAGCCUAAAAGGAAUCUAAGACAGAAAUCAUUGAGCUGGGAUUUAUCUUUUCCUGCAUCUCUUUGUUUUGUUAUUUCCUUCCUAUGUUUUCUGCAGCCUUGAAAGACAUUGUUAUUAUUGUGAGAAGCCAACACAAUGGAUAUCAUGUCAAAAAAGCAAAAACAAUGAGGGAUGACCUGACUCAACAGGCAGAAGCAAUGGGAGAAAAGGUAUGACAAUGUAGCUCAGCCAGUAGAGUGCUGGCCUGCAGACCCAGGAGGGGAGUACUUCCUAUAAUGGCCAAAACGAGGAGGCUCCGCCCGAAAGGGGUACCUCUGUCAGGCUUCAGGGUGGGGAUUUCACUAGUUGAAGUAUAUAAAAGGGUGGGGAAAUCUGUCAUCUUGGUCUGUGAAAAGGCCCAAAGGGCUAACAGAUGCAUUUUAUUGAUGUGAAAAAGUUGAAAAAACGUUCUGGUUUGUGAUUUAUUCAUAUUAAAAGACAGCGCAUUUACAGCAGUUAAAAAGAAUGCAAGGUACAUAAAGGAGGUACCAUUAAAGGUAUAUGAAAGGGGUACCUUUUCCUGUAAUUUGCCAACAAAGAAAAUCACUGUCAAGUAAUUGAUGGCGUCCAUCAUCUCAAGGCUGGUAAUGUGUAAGCAGUUGAGGAUGUCAGGUUGAUGGCUUUAUGGGAAAAAAUACAAUUGCUUUUUGUGGUCACUUUUGUUAGGAUAAUUUAGAACUAAAGAUGAUGCAUGAAGACUGGGCUCCUCUUGGAGCAUGGACGAUUAUUCCAAUCAUAAACAGGUACAGUCAAUGCAUGAUAUUCUAGUAAUCUGAGACCUAUGCUCUGCACACAGGAUGAUUCUGGAAUCACUGGGGGGCAAACACUGCAAGUCGGUAGAAAGAGAUGAAUGUGCAAAGUAGUUCCUCUGUCAAAAGCAGUGUCUUCGGGCAGACUUACUCACUUUCCUCCUGAUUUUGUGAGAGGUGAAGGUGACUUAUGUUGGAGUGUUGAAAUUACUGACUUUCAGUGUUUACCCCCUUUCAAUAGCAGAAACCUGUGCACAUAACAUAGGUGUCCGAUUAACUUGAAAAAUUAUCAUCAUUUAUGGUGAGCAUAGCACCAAUCUGUCUGUCAUCAAAAAUGGUGUGCAUUCAUUGUGCUGGAAAAAGAGGGUAUGGUCUGUUUAUGUUUAUAGUAUGUGGGCACCUCUCAUUUGAAUAAGGUCACUGCUCUAGUAAGUUGGCACCCCUGUAUUGUCAUUAUAUUUAUGAAAAAUGAUUUAUUGCUUUGUUACUAGUAUUAUUUCAAUUAUAUUCCAGUUUGGCUGAGGAUUAUGGAGACAACAAGCGGUGGAUAUUUUUUUGCGAGGAAGAAACCAUUAUCAACCUUUUUGGGCUGGUGCAAGUUUUAAGGAAACAUGAUGCAAGAAAGGUGGCUGAAAACGAUACCUGAUUAUUAGUUAAUUUUUCCCAUCUCCUCCAUCUCCUACAGCAGUAGAUACAGACACUGACGAUAACAAGUAGCCCUUUGCAGCGGGAGCAAAAAGGCCUUCUUGUACCAAAUUAGCCCAUUUUACAGUUACAGGUGGAAAUGAGGCUGGAGUUGACCUUGUUUUGAUAAAACCCUUCCUGCUCUACUAUGGAACUCAUGUUUUUCUUGUGCUAAAUGGCAUUUUUCAAGCAUAAUCUCCAUAACAAAAGGAAAGAGGUUUGGAUCAAAACAAGGUCAAUGCCAGCCUCACAUUCACUCAAAAGCUAGGAUACUAAGCCUACAACUUUAAAAUUGUCUAUUACAGGAUUCAGUCCUUAAAAUACCAGAGAUGGAAAUAGCAUAAAUAAAAUAGUUGAUUUUCUAAUUUUAAAAGCCCUUAACAGUUAGAUUUUAUACUUGUUAGAAUAAUGGAAAAAUAUGGUAUGUAUCAAUGGUAAAAGUUAUAGGAUUGUACGGUUUAUGGUCCAGCAAUUAAUUCCAUUGAUACAAUCAAGACCUUGUAACUAGUACAAAAAUAUAUGAAUAAUUAUGUUCAGUCAGCCGUAAGCAAAACUAGUAAUUCUAGUCAAUCACUAGCCUUCCUAGCAGGAGCCAGUUUUUUAGGGUGAAGGAAAAAAUCUCGAGGAUGCGCCAUUGACUGACAAAUAAUGCAUUGAGGUGACAGACUCAUUCCCAAGAGGCGUUCAUAGCCAAUCAAAGUCCAGGAACCUAAUCACAAAUGCUAGAGAGUGUUUCAAACAUGCGUGCAGAGCUUGCCGUGUGUGGGAAAACUCGCAGAAACAGAUGAAAGGGUUGUGGUCUUGCUUCUAAUUGGUAGAGAAGGGUGCGCAAGGUUUUCUUUUUCGCCAGUCAAAAAUUGUUGUGGUUAAAAUUUCGGAAAUCUGUCUGCAAAUCCUUUGGAAAGUUCGCGUUAGUUUACAGGGGCAUAAAGCAGCCAUCCUGUUUUUCGGUUAAAUGCACGGAGCCACUCCAAAUAACACUGUUUACCUUUUUAAAUAGACAUAAUUAUCCUAUCAAAUAAUUGAAUUGAGUAAUUUACUGUCGUCUUUUUGACAGGAGUUGUUUAUUGGGCAUGCAAUUCAGGACCAACAGCCAGUGAUCAUCCAUCACUUUGCUUUUCAUCAGGAUCCUUCUCAGUUCUCUUUUCCUGACUUUGCCGCUGGCUGGGCUUUAUCUGUACCCUUACUGAACAGGCAAGUUAAAGUCAAAGAUUGUUUUUUUUAUUUUUUGAAAAAAAGACAAAAGCAGUUUUUCUUCCCGGAUGCAAAUUUUGUGUGACCUUUUGAAACAGAAAUUUCCUAAUUUAAGUCUCGUUACGAGAAUCAUUUUUUCCACAACGGUAUAUCAAAGGCAUAUCAGACAGGACCUUAGAAGUGGGACCACGAAACGAAUCAUUUCCACGGAAUAUCUGUUCGAGAGGUCUUAGUUACUUCCCGCCCAGACUUGACGGGCGUGCCCGCAAAACGGUUUAUGAAACGAGGAAAACCUGUUCACAAGAUCUGUUCGCACACGUCAGUGUUAGGCAGUUGCUAGUGCAGACGCGAAUAAACGAAGAAAACCGUGGCAUGCGUCUUAGGAUCCCAAGUUUUUUCUUGUAGCUGUAGUUGAUUGGUUAACACGCUCAACACAAACGUUAAUUGUAUGUCAACUGCUUGUUCUAUUGUAAUUCUAUCGAAUCUAAACUCUCGCUGACAAUCACGAAUGAGUACCGGCGACUUGUAGGAGUUUUCACGGAUUCGUAAGGAUUUUGGCACCCGAUUUCUGUAUGAAUGAGAUUUUUUUGUGAAGGAGAAGAUUGCAGUUUCCUUAUUAAUAAAAUCUCAGUAGUUCAUUCUUACUAUAAAGUUUUAUAAUAAAUGUAUACGAUAUAACGUUCCUUCUUUAAGUUGUGUUGUGAAACCUCGUCAGUAGGAAAAUAUAUGGCGCCUCUCAGAGAAAGUGACACCCAAAUAACGCGUGUAAUCUAUAACUCCCGUAAAUCCUCUAUUAAGCCCCCCUCUCUCACAAGCCCCUCCCCAUUUUCAGGGGAUGAAAGUUAAUAAGCCCACCCUCUCUUUAAAGCCUCCCCCCACCCUCCCCUCAAUCUUAUUAUUCUUCACUAAUAAAUGAUAGACUGCAUAAAUCAAUCAUGACUGUAAAACUUUAUUUGGACUGAUCCGCGAAGGUUUAUUUACCUGUUCGAAGUUCGGACUUGUUUUUGAUCCUGGGCUGUAUGACCUACACUUUCUUGUGCUUUAGCUCUUCCACUUUGCAUUCUAGCUUUUUAUGGAGAGCUGAUACUACCACCAUCUCCGCAAACGUAAAUAAGCCCCCCCUCUCUAAUAGCCCCCCGUCUCUAUUAAGCCCGCCCCCCCAAAUGUUUGAAAUAAAUAAUCCCCCGGGGGUGGUUAAUAGAGGAUUUACAGUAGAUUUAUUAUUCUCAAGUCUUGGUGCUGAGAUUUCUCGGUACCCAGCGGCCGUAUGGUUGUCCAAGAAGUGCAUUACCGACCAAUUCCAGAAACCCAAACUCCUGGGGCUAAUGUCUGUCGAUUCUCCCUGAAGUUUCGAGAGGGGCAUCUCUCGUGGAGAAAAGUGUAUUUACCGGAUAGAGCUUCAGUUCACACACAAUAACAUUGAUUUCGGCGCGAUUUAUUAACGGAGCGAAGCUGCCCCGCGCCGAGCUUUUAAGUGGACAGUCGAAAAGCUAUUCGGUAUAGCUAGUGUGAACACCUAUCCGAUAUGUGACUCUCCACUUUCGAGACAGGCGAGGCUCAGCUUCACUCCGUUAUUAUAGAAAUCGCGCCUUAUGUAUGAACAGAACCUCUAUCCGGUAUGAUUUUUGUGGCGGCGCAAAAGCUAUCCGACGUAGUGUAACCAUAACCUAAGUGGUAAAAAGAGUACAAGAAGAAAAUAUUUGAUUUAGUCUCAAUCAUUUGUCUUAUCAUUUGUUUUUGCUUAUCCUUGCGUUUGGGCGGUUUAAUUCGUGGGCAAAGUAUAUAUUAUCUUUUUUUUGUGGGCAUCGCUAUUGAAAAGUAGGCUUAAUGUACGAGGAUGUACGGAAAUGUUGCCUAACAAUUCGUGGUUAAUAGUGGACAAUUUCUGGUGAAGGUAACUCAUUUCACAGUGUCUUGACAAAAUGUACACUGCAACUCUUGUCUGCUCUGUGCGGUUUCCCACUUCAUACAUGCUUUGCGAAUUCCACAGUGUAAUAACGCUCAAAAACGUGUGUUGAAAAUCAUUUAUUCGUCUAUGUACAAUAUUGCUACUAAACAUAAUCUUUAUAAACUCAAGUAAACUUAAAAACAACUAAUUUACAUCAUAAAUAUCGUAUCAUUUACUCACUUUCUUAUUUACAGAUUAAGUAAAAGACUUAUCGCAGCCUCCCCACGGUCAGAUUUCUCUAUCGAUGUACAACACGAGGUAGGCAAUUCAAAACUUAACACUAUAAUGCAUAAAUUCUUUACUUUUUCUACAGAGAAAUAACUCAGCAAGUCAGUUGAAUGGACUGGAUAUGAGAUAAAAAAUCUCAAUGUAAUGUCCUGUCGAGUUUAUACAAGAACGAAGCUAACAAAUGACACACGAACCAACAAGGCAGUCUCUUGUCCUCAAAGGAAAAGCUUAAAUGAAGAGUGCUCGGCGGGCCUUUAUUUGCUGCUCGAUGUGUACUUUGUUACGGCUUUGGUUCCUUCGCUUACCGCGUGCUUCGCCAGUUCGCCAGGCAAAAUCAACCGGACUGCAGUCUGAAUCUCGCGGGAACUGAGAGUCGACUUUUUGUUGUAUGAAGUCAGCUUGGACGCUUCCGAAGCUAUCCGCUCGAAGAUAUCGUUUACGAACGAAUUCAUGAUAUUCAUGGCUUUGCCCGAAAUGCCAGUGUCAGGGUGUACCUGCUUUAGAACUUUGUAAAUGUAGAUGUUGUAGGUCUGUCUUCCUUUUUUUCGUCGUUUUUCUUUGCCUUCAACACCCUUGGGUCUUCCAACAGACUUCGGCUUCUCAUCUUUCUUUACUUUAGGCAUCUUCGAUAGUUUUCUUCUUGUCGCCUCUCAAAUUGUGCCUUUGGUGAAGAAAUUUUUCAGUCAGUCGCUAUUUAUUGGAAAAUUUCUGUUACCUAAUUUGCAAUCGGAUCGAAAUUCGCGAAAUUUCAUUGGCUGUUUCGCAUCAAGCAUACUAAUAGCACGACGAAGACGCACAUCUUGAACAAAAGAACCAAAUGAUGGCAUGAACUAGCGCGCAUUUCAUAUGUAUCGAUAAGUCGAUGAGAAUUUUCCGCCAGAUAAUUGCACACUAUUUUUCGCGGAACCAUGCAAAACAGUGCCUAUGAACGAGCGUUUCAAACGCUUUGUGCAAUUCUCUGACUUUCUUAGAUAAAAUUAAUGAGGACCUUUCCUAUGAAUUCUGGACAUUUUAGUCGCGUAAGGCAAUCCAAACAUUUUUUAAGGAGCCGUCCAUGCGUUUCUUGCCCGAAUAACCGAAAUGUAAACUCUUUCUUGUAGUUGUUUUUUCUCACUUUCAGGCCUCGUCCACACGUGUCCGGAUAUUUUUUUGUCCAUUGUAGAAAAAAUACCCCUCCACACGUAGCGUAUUCGAAUCGUUUUUGCCCGUCCACACGAAGACGCUACGAAGAAUGACAGGGCGUGCGUUGUAUGAUGUAUGACAUAAUGAUAUCGUAUUCGAAAACCUCCGUUAUCGUCCACACGAUAAGCCGGCAUUUUAAAAAUCUCCUGUCUGGAGAGUGUUUUUGAAAAGAUGCGUUUUCGCUGACUGUUUUCACCGGAUACGUGUGAACAGUGGCAGUGGUGGAUCGAGGGUAGGGGCCCAGGGGGCCCGGUCCACCCCUUAUUUUUAGACCAAACUGAGGCCCGAAGGGCCGAAAAAAAAAUUUUGGAGACCCCCCUUAUCUCAGGGUCUGGAUGACCACCCCCGCUCCCUUAUCUGACGGCCUGGAUCCACCACUCAGUUGGCCAAACAGGAUACGUGUGGGCGCGGCGUACGAAAGAAAUUAUAUAAGAAAAUACAUAAAUUUAUAUAAGAAGUUAUAAGAACGCACUCCAAGUUAGCUAUUAAAAGUGUGUCAUCAAACCAGCGCCCAUUUGGACAAUAACUGAUUGAAUACCAUUUAUUUUUUGAGAACAGAUUCUCUUUUUCGUAUCAAAUUUGACGGAUACCAGUCUUUUAUAUCACGGACUGGAAAAGGAGACUCAGUUACCAAAAGUAGCAGGGAAGUACUGUCUUUAAAGCAUUGUGAUUUGAAAAUGGUAUCAUUUUCCGUAGGUUGCAAUGUUCAUUCGUGAUGAGGGUCGAGGUACGCUACUCACGGACGUCCCAGAACUCUGCACCAGCGACCCAAGGGACCAACCGGACUGCGUGACGUCAGUCAAAAGAGGCGGCCCGGAAUGCGUGAGUGUUUUUGUUUGACAUACGAAUGUUCCUACCUUUAGGGCCUGUUUAAAUGAAGGUGGGGGACCCCAGGUAGGUGAGGUAACAUGUGGCGGGUUACCUCACCUAACAUGUAAACGUGAUCACAUUAAAAUGAGAGAUUAUAUGGACAGGUGGGCUACCCCACCUAAGCGGGUUACCUUACCUAUCUGGGGUACCCCACCUCCAUGUAAACAGGCCCUUAGACUGACAUUCAAAUACUUAAAUGAUAAUUAGUUUUUGUUCGCAAAUCUGAAGAAUGAACAAAAGGGAACGAAGCCAAGGACCCACCUUUCCCUCCCUUAACUUCUGUGUUUCCUCGCUUAGAAACCGUUGCAAACUUCUUUCUUACUUGGCAACUCUAGGGUGUAUUUCCUAAUUUAACUUCUUGUUAUCUACCUUCCUAUAGUAUCAAAACCUUCAACUUAAAUCAAAUUUUCCUCAGUAGAAACUUUAUAGUCCAAAUGGCGUCUAAGAAUAGCUACCGUUUUUUGGGGUUACCUGUGCUUUUUUUUUCCACAGGGUGAUCUAUCUUUGGACCAAAUCUUCUUUGCUGUCAAGACUACAAAGAAGUACCACAAAAGUCGAGGUAGUUUUAAGAAAUAACUUCGCAUCCAUAUUCAUCCGAAUCGCCUCCGUAACUGGAUUUUGUUUUAGCGCAGUGAAAGAAACUUCAACAAAGCUAUUUUCUUCCUCCACAUUUCUUACGUGGCAAGCCGCCCAUUUUCUAGGCGAAUCCUUUACUGCGCUCUUACCAAACUGCUAAUAUUCACCCGAAAAUAUCAUCUACUACUCCAUGCGAAUGUUUGUGGACCGUUUAUUGCCGUUGAAAGGGCAAUGAAUCAAUCUAGGAUUUUUGCUGUGUGGGUUUAGUCAAAUCUGCGAUAGCAGUACCUUAUGUCUCACACAACGACUCUUUCUUUUCAUCUUUUUCAGUGCCUGUUGUUCAGAAAACCGUCGGUCAAUACGCUAAACAUAUAGUUUACUACAGUGAGACUAAAGAUUCGUCCAUACCAACAGAGGACAUUGGAGUUCCGAAUACCGAAAGAGGUAGGAGUGAGGACUUAGAGUAGGGUAGUAGGGAUCUAAAGCAAAGACAAGUGACGCAUUCUCCCUUUUUAUAUGCCUACGCUACCAAAAUUGUACUAUCAAGUGUCUUUACUCUUGCAGAGCCGAUUUAUAUACCCGAAAAUUUGGGCAAAAUCAUUGCCCAAGAAUGCAAAAGCCGGUCGACGUGCGUCGCGUGUCGCUCAUCGCGCGUCGCGUGUCGUUCAGAAACAGAUAUCAAAAUGGCCUAAAACAUACCCAAAGCUACAUCAAAGAAAUGAAGAAAGACAUCUUUACUGAUAAAUCAUUGUUGUAUUUGUUCCUAAGACAAAGACUAAUCGUUUCGUAACCAGAACCCUGGCGCGCUUUGAAGCGAGCAGGAGCUCAUUACUCUGUCACAGGAUACAAAUAACUGAGUCGUCAGAAAUCUUGUAGAAGUCUACGUACUACCUAGUAGUAUCUGAUUCUGAUUCGUCCUAGUCUUUCUCUUAAUUGUCUCUAUGUUUCAAUUUAUUAAAGAGGAAACGCGUCGUCGUCACCUGAAAGACUGCUUGGGACUUGCCAGUAUCCGAUUAUGGUGUUUGCUUAAGGCCGUCGCCAUGACAACAUAUGUUGCAAUAAGAAGUCAUUGAUCAGAGAUCACUGUCAGAUCGAUCGCUUGCGUUAUAGGAUUGCCAGACCUGUUGAAGUUUUUGGAGUUCUGUUGUCGCGUGCUCGUGGUCUUUAACAGAACUUGUAAGGUCAAAUGCUUGUCUCGUCCAUGUCAGGAUUUUAAUAGCCUUGUUGAGAGCGUCUAAAUUUUUCUGAAUAAAAUCUUUUAUUGGGCAAGUUUUCCCACACCCUUUCUCUUAAUGUAUUGGUUUACGAAGUCGUUUUCAUUAUUUGUAUCAAUUUUAUAUUUCUCUCGUAAAUUCACUCGCUGUCCCUGGAGAAUCGAAGAUGAUAGUGGUAAUACAUUGCUCUUGUCGUUCAAUGAGACAUUGUAAAGAGGGUCGUCUUUGCGAUUAUUCUGAUUAUACAUGACAAAUGGCAAGCCCUUGCGCGGGAUUCCCUUGCCACCACCAAACGUUUCGUAGCGCGGCUGGAAACACGAAGAUGACGAAGUCGAUGAUUUUGUGUUUGAUCUGUACCUGGUCCAUUCCGGAAUCAUUUGUCGAACUUGAAGGGAAAAAUCAAAGCAUCGCACUCGUAGAAGAGCUUGCAGAUCAUAUUGUUCCUCGUUGUUCAGUCUUCUAGAACUCUGACCGGCGAUGGCGGGUAGUUUCACCCUGGGUUUCUCAAGGUAUUUUUGUAUAAUAGAAGCUUGCGUCAGUACUUCAUCCCUUGGUUUUACUUUACUUAUAGAUACUUUAGCCGGAACUUUUUCCGCUCUUUCUUUUUCGGCUUUUCUAGUGCUAAAUGCACUUUUUCCUGUGAUAAACAUAUCUACUUCCUUUCCCGUUAUGCGCGGCAUUACCAACUUUCCUCUCGCAUGUCCAUCCAUAAUUUUUCGCGGCAUUGCGUUAGUUGCCCUCUGUCGUUAACUCGUCCUUCGGCCGAUAAUUUCUAAUAUCAUUUUUUCCGCAUACAAGUGUCUGUGUUUUAAGGGAAAGUCGUCAAUUUGACGCUCUAAUCUGUUGGUUUUAAUUCUCUGUUUACACGUCCCGUACAUAAAAGCAGACAAAUAAUCCGUUUAAAAGGGAUAAACGUUGAAGCCGGCUGUUUACUGGAAGAAUAUCAGUCAUCAUUUGCUUCUGAGCAAACAACUAACCAUCAAUUAUAUCCGAUUUUGAAGAGCCCUUCAGGUAUUUUUCAUAUUUUACCGUUUAUUGUGAUUUACAAAGCACAUUCUUUCGGCUGAAGACUUCACAAACAUUCGUGGCCGUGGCGGACAAUGUUAUUAAAGUUUUCUGCCCACAAUUUUAUCAUUUUCCUUAGGGUCUAAAGUUAAACCCUCAAAGGCUUUGAACGAGGAAAGCUAUGUAAGUUGUGGAAACUAUCUGUGUUGAAUCUCAUCUUUACUCUAACAAGUAGGCUCCAAGACACGGCUAUCUUUGUGAAAUGUAACAACGUCGGGGCUUAAAUUCCAACGAGAGUCGACAAAAUUACUAGCAGAACGUUCCUAUACGGAGUUUUUAUCUUACACUGAAUUUUUUCUCUCCUACUUUCUGAUAUUCUUUCUGAACCUCAAUACAGUACCCUACCUUUAAUAAGGAAUCCUAAUACUCUUGUUUUUAUUAUUAAUUUAGAACUUAUUUCUUUCGAUAUCCGGCUCGGUAAGAGAUUAACUUGUGUUUCAGCGAACAUUUUCGCGGCAGUGAACAACUGACUGCCCUCAAAAUUUGAGGUAUAAGCUGUUGUCAAUCUGGCGCCCCUUUACUGACAGCAACCAAAUGAGUCCUGGAAGAGGUUAACUGGAAGGAAGGGCAUGCAAGACUCUUCUCAUUUUGAGUUCUACAGACAUCUAGACAUUGAGUGUUUUCAUUGCUUUUUGCCCAGGGUUUUUAAAACCAGGAUAAAGCUUACUCGGAAGUAGAACUAAUGUUGAAUUUUUGUCUAGACCUUCGAAAAGUGAAUAGCAACAACAAAGUCGUUUUGGCCUCUUUCAGACUGUAAGUUUAAAGUAAAGUUGAUUUGACUGAAAUUUAAAACAAAAAUCUUAUCGCGCAUUUUAUUCCCGGAUUAAGUUAAUCCGCUUUCCAGCGAACAACCUGGGUCUUCGAUGUUGAGCUUUCUAGCUGACGAGUGUUGUUUAUUAGAAACAUAUUUAUAUAUUGGUAAAAACUAUUUCGUGAUUUUAUCAGAAAAUAUUAGUGCCGGCUGGGCAUGUAAAACGAACGCACUGAGUGUAGAUUUUAUUCAAAUAGAAGGUGGGCAGGUAAACUAAGGCCUAAUAUGGCUAGCUUUGCGUUUUUUAAGCUUUCCUGUCCUGCUGUUUUUUCUAAAAACAAUACAGAUAGAGAUUUUGAGGUAAAAAUGAAUGAGAAACCGUAUAAGCAGUGAACUUUUGGGAUUUGACAAAUCAAUCGCGAUUAAACUGAAAAAGAAAAUUCAAGCCUUUGGCUUAACUCGUGACCUCUGCGUUGCGGCUAUGCCGCUUUGUGAAGAAUCUCAUUCUUUUUUUUAACUUCUGCCGCGAGCCGAGAUAAGUUGUAUAACCGGAACGGGUUUUCGAACGCGUUCAGUUUAAUGUUUCUCGGUACCAUUUUAGGAUUUGUUUCGUGUGCUUAUUAAUAUGUGUUCUUUUUGUGUUCUGUCUUUUACUUUCAAAAACGAAAAUAUGAAAACCAUUCCGCUACCAUAAUUUCUCUUUAAGGAAUGUUAAAGAUCAAAUCGCAAAAUGUUUGUUUCCUUAAACGAAACCGUUUUAAAAACAUAAUUAGAUUUGAGGAAUUGCCUGCCACGGUGUCUUGCAAAACCGUGAUUAUGGGAUGAACAAUGAUACAUUAAAAGUUUACAUAUUAAACAUAUUUGGGUAUGAUCUUUCUAAACUUUUUUUUUUGUCGUCUUGCGAAUCCCAAAAUAAUGAACAGGACCAAAGGACUGCAAAAGCAAACCAGCAGCGAAGAAAUUGCUCCUUCAGGUCGCGAAAGUUUACUGACAGACGUUUGUGUGGUGAAGGGCACGAACUCACUCCCGCACCAAACAAACCUCUGUAAGUUCAAUAAAUCACGUUCAAACUUGGCAUCUUUACUAAUUUUAAGGUUUUUUUUAGCCGUGUGGACGGAUUUUCACGUACUGGUCCGAGUUAAUAGUUGAAGAAACCGUGGAAGGGUCUUCUUUACAGUUUUUCCAUUUUUUUUGCCCACCCAUCGAGCAUGGUGCAUGAGGACUUGGGGUAUGAAACUGACUGUCCAUUGCUUCUCCGAGUUAUGCCGGGGAUAUCAGAUCAAGCCCGUGACGGUCUCUACCCACACGGCAGCCUGCGUGGCAGUCAUUUCGGUUUCUUUAUUUCCGAGAGGGAGAAGCGGAGGAGACGCGUCAGGGCAUGGGGGAGAGGGUGGGAGGGGACGGCUUGUAACCCUUUGCUUCACCGCCUCUUCCCCACUCCUAUUAUUAUUAUUUUUUGCUCUCCCUCGCACGUCUCCCACUUCUCCUUGCUUGCGUAGCUAAUGGAAUUUUUCGUUAGCCUGAAUUUCAUCCGAUUGCGUUCGUCCGCGUGAGUGCGAGUUUUUGGGAAUUGAAUGUCCGCGCAAGCUCGCACGCGGCUGUCGCCUUUUCUUUGAUUUUCACGGGCGCUCGCGUUUCGCACGCUCUAUUAUCCCUGAGGAAAAAUGGGGAAACAGAAAUGGACGAAACAGAAAUACGCGACACUUUACGCAGACUGCUAACACAGCCACAUAUUAGGGCGGCCCGGAGACGAGAAUGUAUCGUAUUGAUAUUCCAACUGUCUUUUUAUUCCUUAUCUAGGUCACUGUGCCAAGCUACAGGCUAUCAUUAAUAAGUCCGCCACGGACCCCAGAGCCGCUGACAAACCCUGGCUCGUGGUUAUUGAUGAUGAUACAAUCAUGAGGUGAUUCAAUAUGAAGCUCAGUACAAUAUUGGACAAAAUAGAUGACAAAUUUAGAGCCCCCUGCUCUCCAAAUCAAGGAUGGGAAAAUGGCGCGUCUUGGCUUUCGCGUGGCUUCAUCCUUGAUUUCAGGGGAAUGGAGUUUACUGCUCCAUUUUAUUCUGUCCUAGAUUGCAGUUGUAAAGAGUGUGAAAACCGGCUCAUCUGGUUUUGUCAGAGUGCUUUUCUAAAAUCAAAAUGAAAGUAUUUAAUCUAGCCAGUCACAAGUGACGAUGUCAAUCUAUUGAACCAAUCAAAAAUCAAAGCAAAUGCUUGUAGCAGAUGUAAAGCGCGGGAAUGCGUGAGCAAGUAACUUUUCUCCUGAUUGGUCAAGAAAGUGGCGCGAGAUUUCCAGCCAAUCGCAGCGUGAAAAGGAAAAAAGAGCUUUGCCUUUCAGUUUGAGGAGGAGUGGUCUCGUUGCCAGAAAUUUUGGCACAUCAAACUUUUGCCGUGAUGUUGCUUUGUCUGUGUAGAUUAUAAAAGCACACAUUCGCGCUCCCGUUUUUCAGUUUCCACGCCCAACGUAUUGACACAUGAAAUUGAAAAGCCUAAUAAAUCAAGUGUUAGUAAGCAGCGUAAAUUUCAUCCGAUAAAAAUCAUUUUCACUUAAAAUGGACUAUUCUCUUGCAUAGUGUGCCCAGACUGAAGAAAUUACUGGCGUGUUACGAUCCAAAGGAAGUCACGCUACUUGGUGAGAGAUACGCUUACGGACUGACUGGAGGGUAUGGGUACGAGUAUAUCACCGGAGGGGGAGGGUAAGGUUUUUUAGCUUUGUUUACAAUGUUCUUAUGUCAUGUUAUGUGUUUUUUUAGAUGUUUUGUCCUUACUUUCUUGCAGUGAUAUCUCGUUUGUCCCGCUGUUAGCCUGCAAAUGCAGCUCCCCACCCCCACCCCCCCACCAUCAUCGCUCUCGUCGUCGUAGCCAAAAUGCCGACAGCUCUCUCGCAAAACGUUCCCAGCGACGGGAAGCGAUAAAAGAUGGCUUUAUUCGCAGGCUAUCCCGCUGUGGGACCAAAUGCCUAAGACGACGAUUUGGCUACCGGCUUUAUUUCACCCCGUGUACCUAGGCAGGAUUAGCUCAGUCGGUAGAGCGCUUGACUGCAGACUGAGGAGGAGGUCGCAGGUUUCGAUUCCUGUAACAAGGACUUAAAAUUACUCAGAAAUAAAGAUACGGCCUUCGCACUGUAAACGGCUAGACCUUCGCGAGGCAUUCCCGUCUCCAGUAGCGGAUGCAAAAAUAGUGUCCUCAAUCAGCAUUUUUGUGCUAAAUACAUUGACACUCAAAUAAAGUGUAGAAUGCAAAACAGUCGGUUUUUUUUCUCAAAAUCGGUUCAGCUAAGCGUAAGAGUCACACACGCGCGAGGCGCGCGAGCCUCUCACGCCCGUAGGGCGUUCAGAGUCAUUCCGCCUAAUUUUGAUUGGACUAGGGCAAGAGAAAUUUCUUCUACAACCCCCGUGUACUUAUAAUUCUUAUCAGUAUUUAUAUUUUCUUUUAGAAUGAUCCUGAGUCGAGCUGGUAUUGAUGCUCUACUGAAAAGCAACUGCAACUGCUGGGAACCAGACUCCCCGGACGACAUGUGGCUUGGGAAUUGUUUCCGAAGACUGGGAAUACCUCUUACGCAUAGCCCCGCCUUUCACCAGGUAUGUUCUGUGAUACCUUUUGCUGUAUUUCUUUAGAACCUUGUUUGAUGGAGGAAGGAUAGGUAUUCUCUCCAUCCAGAACUUGACCAAGUGUAGGGUCAAAUGGCACGAGAUUCUGUAGCCUGCAGGCGCCCAAAUUUCCCCUUGGGCUUCCUCUUGGAACGCCUGCCACGUGUUAAGAGGAAUCUCUAGACUCACUCAGUAAAGAGAGAUAAUGGCUUUAAUCGUGCUUUCCACGACCAAAUAUGCUGGUCACCGUCAUCUGGUCACUGACAAGACUGACACAUUUUUGCUCAUAUUUUUCUUUAACUAAUGCCCGAGAGAGGGUUGCACUUUUGUUAACUUAGACGUUGGGGCGUUGCUGUUGUUGUUGCCGGAGACAACAUGAAAUAUUUCUUGUAAAGGACAUCAUUUCUUACUGUGCAGCAUGAAGAGUUGUUAUUAAUUAUGUUUGUUGUCGUUCUUUUGCAGGCCAAACCCAAUGAAUAUGUUCCAUCACUUCUGGCCCAUCAAACGCCCAUCUCCUUCCACAAACACAACGAUCUAGAUCCACUCACUGUCUACAAAGACUAUCUGAGUUGAUAACGUCCUUUAUUUCUUAGGUGUUGUACUUGAAACGCUUCCUAAAGGAAAAUAAAAAUACAGUGGAGCCACCCAACAUUCAAAGCAAAAUAAGGGACUUUCCAACCAAUUUUUACUCAAUAUGAGGGCCGAUAAUUGUAACAUAGGUAUGCAAACGCUGAAUUGGAUCCGUCAUCGUUUUCUCAACACUUCUGUUGACAAUCGCUCGCACGUGUUCUGAGAACGAGUCGGAGACCAAGUGUCCAUGGUUUCGUAAUUUCGUCAGUGAAAGGGAUGACGAAAAUCAUGGUUCUUUAAGGGAAAAGAAUACAGAAGGGAAAAAAGUGGCAAUAUCUCAAAAGUAAAAAAUAUCUUUCAUAGUCGGGGUCUUUGUAUAAAAUAUAAUUUUUCUACAAAACAUUGUGAAAUGUCAUAAACCGCUCAAGGGAACUAAACGGAUGUGUGUCUGGAGAUCAGUAUAUGUGCUUAAUUGUUUAAUAUAUCUCAUGCAGUAAUAAAAAUAAAUUUUUAAUUUUCAGUUUCUUUUAGUCUUUUUUCUUUUUUUAUUUUGAUCAUCUGAGGACGCC